GCAAGGCACGUUUCAAACAUAAUCUGGUCAAAACUAAACUUGCGUUUGAAUUUAAUUAUGUUUCAUGACAAACACUUAAAUGUUUUAACCCACAACUGACACUUCACAUUUAUCAUGAUUGGACGGUAAUAGCAAGAGACAGUCACAUAUCAUCUUGAUCAGACAAAUGGGAAUUUAAACAAAUGAGAUGGAACCAUCGAAGAGCUGUGAUAUCACUAGAGGGCAUGAACACUACCUUUAUCAUAUAUUAUUACUGGAACAAGCUUCGCAUAUCGCAUUGAAGGCCAUAAUUAAAAGGGAAGAGACAAAAUGUGGAAAAAGUAUUGGUAUUGUGCUAAAUGAGAAUAGAGAUGCUUUUAAAACCCAGUACGAAACAGAGUUUCUUCAAUUAAUUCAAAAAGAUGAUGUCAAUGACGACAUUGAUACGUGGGACACACUUCAAUUAUGUGCUGUGACAUUAGUUUUGUUUAAAUCUGAUCUAACUGAACCAGGAGUUAAAGCCAUUCAAUGUAUAUAUGAUCAGAGGAAAGAUAUUGAACAAUACGCCGAAUGUGCCUUCCUAACAUUCAAUACCUACAACGAGAAAAAGAAUUUAUUGCACAAACAAUUACUCGAGUUGAUAACGCUCAUAGACGCCCAAGCUAAUAUUGAUUGUAAACGUAUGAUGUUUUCAUUUGAAUCAAAAUCAAUGAAAUUAAGCGAAACACUGAUUGACAAAAUAACACAGACAAAUGAUAUUAAAACACAUCUUAAAAUUGCAAUUGAUGUAGAUGUCGCUACAGAGAAUGGUAUGAUUGGCGAAGAGAACCACCAAAAGCUCCAGACCAAUGGCCAAAUGUUCACUGAAGAACUUCAGAACAAAUAUGUCUACAUCAAUGAUUCGGCUAUUUUGACAUGUAAACUCAACCUUCCAACAGAUGAAAAUGUUGAGUGGAGGAAAGAUAACAAGCCGGUUGAAAUUUCAAAUAAUGUUAUGGUCAUGAGCAAGAAUGGCAAUCAUUGGUUAGCGAUUUCCCGUGCAUCAUUGGAAGAUACGGGUCAAUAUUCGUGUGUAUGUGGCCAUAUUUCAACUACAGCUGAACUUACUGUUAUAGAUGAAGCAUUAAGUGUGGUCGUUGAUUUGCCUACCAAAAUUGAGGUUAGCGAGAAUAGAAACAUUGAUAUAGAGUGUAAGGUGAACCUUCUCACGAGUAAACCUGUUUGGCGAUACAAAGGGGGAAUUCUACAAUCAUCUGGUAGAAAGGUUAUACAAGCAAAUGGUACUACCCACAAAUUGAAGAUCAUGAAUGUAAAACUACACGACGAGGGUGAAUAUACAAUUGACUUUGGAAAUGUCUCAUCUAAAACAACAGUUCAAAUACAAGUGGAAACAGACCUUAUCCACAGAAGACAGAUAACACAAGAAGUGUACAGAAAUUGGAUGAGAGGAGCUCUAGCGUUAAAAUAUUUGAAAAUAGGUUUAGAGGAUUUUUCCGAAAAGGUUGUUGCCAAACAUCAUAAUGAUCUAAUGAAAACUCUUGGAAAUACAUGCAACACUUGUACAGAGAGAAGUCUUCUCCCACAUAAACAAGAUCAAUGCCCACGGCAAGGAAAACAUCAAUGUUUAUGUACUAAGAUUCAGAAAAAAAAGUCAAGACUAUUGUGUCCAAAUGGGGGAUUUUGUGGCAACGUUUAUAAUAAAAUAGUUUGUAAUCAUCGCUUUCAAGAUCCAUCAUUCACGAACACGGAUGUCCAGAAAUGGAGCAGUGAUCCAUGGAGUGUUGCUACAUGCUUUAUAAAUACUACUGGCUACAAAGACAAACAAUCAGCUAAAGACGUCGACUGCUCUGGUUUACUUAGUAUGUGUAUAAACAACAUUUAUAUAGAAAUGAUGCUUGGAGAAGUUAUCAUCGAUGGGAAAAUAGAUGCGUUUGCACAGGCACGGGCAGCGCGGAAUGAUAUUCUUCACAGUCCAAACUAUGAACUUUCUGAAAAUCAACUAAACAAGUUUAUCAAAAUGUUUAAAGAAGUACUAGAAAUCAAGGACAAACAUGGCAAUACACCUCUGAAAGGGGAGCCAGGCGUUGUAAAUGCCUUACAUUUACUAGAUAAGGUAACUAUCCUAUAA